CCACGAGCUGCAUUCAUUUAGAUCCCUCAACCGACUCUUCUGAUACAAGUAGCUCUCCCUGAAAUCGUACGCAGAAUACGCACUCACCUCGUAUCCACCUACAGCCAUGAUUUUCUCCCAGUCACCUGAUCUCAAGGCAAUCUCGCUCAGCCUCUAUAUCCUCCUGAGCACGUAUACAUCUUUCCUCAGCGCCCGACCGCCCAACCCGACACCUUACAAUUCCAAGCAUAAAGAUAGCAUAAGCCGCCAUGUGACACCCCGCGCGCUGUUCAUUCGAACCUCGGUCAAGGUAUCUUUGGGCCUUGGCCAUACCUUUCUAGCUCUGACAUAUCCUGCUCCACCGAAAUCCAUAUGUCCUAAUCAAUCGAACCUCUCAUGGUACCUCUUCACCUGGACGCCGCACACUGUGAUCGCCGUCAGCAGUAUCUUGUUCGGUUCCUGUCUUCGAGUUUAUGCGUUCUCUGUUCUCGGAAAGAACUUCACCUUCCGUCUCGAUGCGCCAAAGAACCUUGUUACAAGCGGUCUUUACAACUACGUCCAGCAUCCCGCCUACACCGGAAGUACGAUGAUUUUCCUCGGUAAUAUAGCACUGCUCCAAAGACCAGACGGUGUUUUGGGGUGUUGGUUGCCGGCCUGGAUUGUGGACGCAACGCUGUUCUGGAGAAUUCUGGCUAUCGUAUUCAUCUUUGGGAUCUUUCGUGGGACUGGUAAGAGGGUUCUGGAUGAGGAGAUGAUGUUGAAGAAUACCUUUGGAGAGGAGUGGGAGGCGUGGCACAAGAGGACGAAGAGGUUUAUUCCAGGAUUGUUCUAAGCCAAGUAAGCCAUGGGCAUGACUUCCAAAAAGUUAUGUCCGAAGAAGAAGCCCGAUGUGGUACACUUUCAUCGCUUGAGAGGGAGUUUGCAGGGAGAUUUCUUUCUUUUUAGGAAACUGAACUUUGAUAUCUCAAGAGUUCAAGAGUGAGAAUUUCGGAAAGAAGGAGGUUCUAAGAAGAGUGCAAAACGGGU